GAACGCACGUCUUGCGCUUUCGCAUCAAGGAAAUACGAGAAUGAUUUCUCCAAAUAGAAGUCUUUAAAGAUCUGAGUUUUAGUGUUUUAAUUUUUUUUUUAAUAAAUCCCAUUGAACUUUUGAGUGAGUUUCGAGUGAUUGUGUUUACGAAUGUCCCAAGGUCGUAUCGUUACCGGUUAAAACGAUGACACCGCAGUGCGUAAGUGUUAGUGCCACAGUGUCCAUAGUGUAGUACCAAUCAGCAUGGGGUGUACGCCGAGUAUGCUGCUAGACCACAAGAAUCGCAGACGCGACAGCACUGGCUCUCAAGAAGCUGCUCUAGCCAAGAUAGCUCCCACUCCGUUAUGCCAGAACAAAGCAGUCCAAGCUGCGAGGGCUCCAAGGGCCUCCUUGGAGUCAGAUGGGUUUAGCAUACAGCUGUCGAGCAAGAAAGAUAGCUAUGUGUCCCAGAUGGGUAAUAAUUUCGCAACUCAGCUGCAUAUCAAGAGGAUAUCUGGUACGUUCACAAUAUGUGGAGGUCAAAAGAGUGUUUGCAGUUCGAGCGGGUCGCCGGGGCCGCGUGCCGGGCGUCGGUCCUCGCUCGCUCUGACACCGGAGGACGAGCCCCUAGUCGACCUCGCCAACAGGUCGCCGCCGCCUUCAAACAUCCCCUCUGCCCUUCUUUACGCGCCUCCGGAACCCUUAGAGCUGCUAUGCGUGUUCCCGGAACGUGCGUCCCGCGUGUGCGCUGCGGCCUGCAACGCAGCCGCACGGGCCGGCGGCGAUGCGCGUGCGGUCCGCGGCGCGAGGGAAGCGCUAGAAGCCUUCCGCCGCGACGCAGACGUGCGGCCGCCGCACGUCGUCGUCGUUGACGCACGGCAGCCGCAGCUCAUGGACUCUACCUUAUUAGCACGAGCGAUUCGGGGUAUGAAGAACACCCAGCACAUAAUUCUCAUUGCCGUCGUCAAAAAGAGUUCAUAUCUCAAAGAUGACUUCGCCGUACUCCCUUAUUUGGAAGCUGGCUUCAACAGGGUUAUGGUAGAAACACUGGGCGCGACGGCGUGGUGUGCAGAAAUGUUGCAAGCACGCUCGGCAGCCGCAACCGCAAGGGCACAAGUCGGUGCGGUUGCGGCUCUCUCCGCCGCCACCGACCGCUGCAGGGACCUCGUCGCGGUCACAGACGACCAGCAGCGGAUACUUCUUACAAACAAAUCGUGGUGCCGGGUAGUGGGAUGGAGGCCAGAAGAUGGUCCGCGACCUUUGACAGAACAGCUCAGCGGGGAAGCACUCCGUUUAGCAGCAAGCGGAGUUCGAGAUUGGGAGGCACCGGUUAUGCUUCGAAGACGUGCCGCUCCCGACUCAGUGUUAUUGCCAUGCCGCGGUUCUGCGAUUGCUUUAGGCAGGAACACCUCACAUGUGGUAUUCGUGUGCGAGCCAACUAAUUCGGUUGAGAGCGAGCGAGCGCGAGGCUCUCUGCAUUCGAUACGGCGAGGCUCGCUCGACGUUCGCUCGGUUGCCUCGGACGGUCUACGCAGAACAUCGUUGGCUAAACUACAGGGACUACCGUUGGAAGCGCCUAUCACCAAGGUGAUAUCGCUCUUAUCAACGGCGACAGAGGGUGCACCCCCAUCGACUGUGGCGUGCAUAGAGCGCGCUGUCGACAUGCUGCGCACUUCGGAACUCUACUCGCCUCAGAUGCGAGAGGACCCUAAGAUGAGAGCCGAGGAUCCUAUUGCGACUGACCUUAUUGGAGCUCUGUUAUCGCAAGGUGCUCCAAAUGUGCUCUCAUCAAGAAGGAGCAGUAAUGACUCUACAGUUGUCAGAUCUCAGGCGAAUAGAACCAAUAUGAAACAUAAGACCACAGGUCAACUCCGGGAAAUUUUAGACACUGCCCUUAAUUGGGACUUUGAGAUCUUCCGUCUAGAGGACUUGACUCGUGGCAGACCGCUAACUCACUUGGGGCUCACACUGAUGGGAGGGAGGUUUGAUGUGUGCUCAACUUUAGAGUGCGAUGAAAGGACUCUACUACAUUGGCUGACUGUUAUAGAGACCAAUUACCAUGCUGUUAAUACGUACCACAAUUCUACACACGCUGCUGAUGUCCUUCAGGCCGUAGCAUUUUUCAUAGAGAAAGACCAACUCAAAAUGAUACUAGAGCCGUUGGAAGCUGCUGCCGCUUUGAUAGCCGCAGCAGCGCAUGACAUCGACCACCCUGGCACCUCAUCGGCUUUCCUGUGCAACUCGCGGCACUCUCUAGCGAUCUUGUAUAAUGACGUCUGCGUACUGGAAUCGCAUCAUGCUGCUCUCACCUUCAAACUCACUCUCAAUGACGAUCGCGUGAACAUAUUCAAGAAUCUCGACCGUGAUACUUACAAGUCCGUGCGGCACAACGUGAUCGAUAUGAUCCUCGCCACAGAGAUGACUAAGCAUUUCGAGCACCUCGCCAAGUUCGUCAAUGUCUUCUACGCCAAGUCCAGCGGUAGUAGGGAGGAUGACAUGCAAUCUGAUGAGCCCUUAUCAUUAGACACAACAGCUCUGACAUCGCCGGAAAACGUGUCUCUGGUGAAGAGGAUGAUGAUCAAAUGUGCAGACGUCUCUAAUGCUUCCAGACCUCAAAAGUUCGCCUUUGAAUGGGCAAGAAGGAUCGCGGAGGAAUACUUCUUGCAGACAGAUGAAGAGAAGGCCAAAGAUCUUCCGGUAGUGAUGCCGAUGUUUGACCGCGCCACUUGCUCAAUCCCACGCUCACAGAUCGGCUUCAUUGACUAUAUAAUAAUCGACAUGAUGGAAGCUUGGGCGGCAUUCAUUGAAAUGCCAGAACUAGUGACCCACGCCCGAAACAACCACCAACGCUGGCGCGAACUAGAUGAAGCUGGAGUAACCACCACAGCUGACGUAAUACGAGCUCAACGACAAAACGCCAUACAAGCUCCAGCAAACACAACCUCGGAACCCACUGCUGAAGAAUAAAACAGCAUUUGUUAAAAGCCAAAGAAGCAUACAUAAAAAAAGAAACAGAUAUUUUCCUUUGUGGUAAGAAUUGCAUCAAAUGAUUAAUCGCUUUAUUUAUGCAUAAGCUUUCAGAGAAUGAAAAGAAAUUAAAAGAUAUUACGAAAUUUCUUGCUGUAAAAGAAGUUAUUAUGAACUUACAUCAGAGUUUUUUCGUAGGAAACAAAAAUUAACAUCGCCUACUAAAGAUCCACAGCUAGGCAUGAAUUUCUGGCAACUCCUAUGUGCUGAAUAUAUAUGUGCGAAUCUCUGGUACUCAUAUAAUGUCAUCAGUGAAGGGUCUUGAAACUCUUCGCCUUUCAGUUGGCGGUCGCCAUUUCUUACACGUUUAUCAGUCCUGUAAGCUAUAUUCCUUACUCGUUGCGACUUCAGCUUCGCAAUCAUUGUAUUAUGUCGAAGAAGAAAUAUUAAUAAUCUUUAUGAAAGGAAACAAAAUACAUAUUUCUUUAUUACCAAAUAUUACUAUAAUCAUCAAUUAAUGACAGUGUUUAAUAGAUUCAUUGAUGAUUUGUA